UAAUAGACCUGCCUGAAGGUGAAAUGAUAGUGCUUUACGUAUAGAAAAUCGAUAUAUUAAAGAAAAGUUAUGUGUUAAUAUUGUGUUUAAAAACCGUACGAAUCACUUCCCCCUCCAUGCUUGCUACGAAGAUGACCGUCAUCAAAAUUUAAUGAUAACUCUUAUCACAAAAACAUCACCCACUCGAUAAACAUUGUAGUGUAAUUAAACCGAUUAAAGACGUCCAUAAAAUGAAAAAUUUAGCUAACCUAAAUAACCUAGAACUACAGAAGUUCUUCAGUUCCUUUGACUACGUCCUGUCCGACGUCGACGGAGUACUAUGGAACUUCCUCGACACCAUCCCCGGUACCCAAGAAACCAUCAAAUCUUUGAAAAAAAUCGGAAAAAAGGUCAUCUUCGUCUCCAAUAACACCUCAAAAUCGAUCAAUUUCUACCACCACGAGCUUACUCGAGCCGGUUUUGACGUCGACAAAGAUGAAAUAGUGACGCCAACGUUGGCAAUAAUAUCUUACUUGAAGAAGCAAGACCUUAAAGAUAAAGAGGUCUUCGUUCUUGGUAUGACACCUCUGAAAAGAUCACUGGAAAAGGCGGGUUUCAAGCUCGCCCAAAACGAGCCGGACCGUAUCAAAGAAUCCAACAGCGCCUUCGCCGCCCACACUAUACCAGACGACGAAAAAGUGGGUGCCGUGGUCGCAGACGUCGACAUAAACCUAAACUACGUCAACCUUCAAAAGGCUGCUACUUAUUUGGAACGUCCCGAAGUCCUUUUUGUCAAGGGGGCUGCCGACUGUCACCUUCCUGUAGGCUGGAACAAAAGUCUGAUAGGGCCGGGAUACUUCACGAAAAUUUUGGAAGACAAAACGAAUCGGAAGGGUGUACCCAUGGCAAAACCUAGCCGUUUUUUGCACGAAUACAUCGUUGAAAAGUACCAAAUUGGGGACCCAUCCAGAGUGCUCUUCGUUGGAGACUCAAUUCCUUCAGAUAUGGGGUUCGCGGCUGAGAGUAAAUACCAGAAGUUGUUGGUUUUUAGUGGAGCGACUGGAAAAAACGUCCUUAAGGAGUGGGACUUUCCGCACGAGUACAAGCCUGAUUAUUAUGCUGAUAGUUUAAAAAGUCUGAAUGAUUGUAUACUGCGCACUUUUGCUUGCAAAUUGUAAUAGAUAUAGUAGAAUUAAUGACUACGGCGGCUGGUGUUUUAAAAAAUGUAUACAACUAGGGAAUAAAAGUGAUUUAUGAUAACACCGUGCGUGGGUAA